AUGCCUCCGGGGCCCUCGCCCCCUUCUCUGCUGCUGCUGCUGUUGCUGCUGGUGACCGGGCUGUGGGCGGCAGCUGGAGGAGGGGCUGGUGGGGGAGGCUACGCGCAAGUGAAGUACGUGCAGCCCAUGGUCAAAGGACCAGCCGGGCCCCCCUUCCGGGAGGGCAAGGGCCAAUAUCUGGAAUUGCCACCACCAAUGCUGCCAAUGGACCUGAAAGGGGAACCUGGACCACCUGGAAAGCCCGGCCCCCGGGGCCCUCCAGGACCUCCUGGUUACCCGGGAAAGCCAGGUACAGGCAAGCCAGGUCUGCAUGGUCAGCCAGGCCCCGCUGGCCCCCCAGGCUUCUCUAGGAUGGGUAAGCCAGGUGUCCCAGGUGUCCCAGGCAAAGUGGGCAGCAAGGGUGAACCAGGUCCCAAGGGUGAGCCAGGUCUUCGGGGAGACCAGGGCCUUCGAGGACUGCCAGGGCCCCCUGGACUUCCAGGCCCAUCAGGCAUUGCUGUCACUGGCAAACCAGGUCCACAGGGUGCUCUGGGUCCACAAGGCUUUAGGGGAGAACCAGGCCCCAGAGGAGAGCCAGGACCUCGAGGGGAAAGAGGCCUCAAGGGUGAUAAUGGGGUGGGCACACCAGGCCAGCCAGGUGUCCCAGGCAAUGGAGGUCCCCCUGGCCCUCCAGGACCUCCAGGUCCCAUGGGCUUGGGCAAACCUGGCCUGGAUGGGCUUCCAGGUGCCCCAGGAGACAAGGGAGCCACUGGGGCCCCUGGGGGACCUGGACAAACUGGGGAACCAGGGGCACUGGGCCCAAGGGGUCCCCCAGGACUAGAUGGCAUUGGGGUACCUGGGGCAAUAGGUGUGCCUGGGCCCCAGGGGCCUGUAGGUGCAAAAGGAGAACCUGGGAUCAGGGGCCUUCCUGGCCUGCCAGGCCCUACAGGCUAUGGGAAGCCAGGGAUCCCAGGCCUCAAAGGGGAAAGGGGCCCAGCAGGCAUCCCAGGAGGGCUGGGUGAUACAGGUGAGCCAGGAGAGGAUGGUGAGCCAGGUGAACCAGGACCUCAAGGUCUUAUGGGCCCUCCUGGCCUGCCUGGGUCCAUGGGACUACCAGGGAGGCAUGGGCUACCUGGGGCCAAGGGGGAGGCAGGGCCAAGUGGGCCUCCAGGGGUGCCUGGGAUCCGAGGAGACCAGGGGCCAAGUGGUAUUGUGGGAAAGCCCGGGAUUGUUGGAGAGAGGGGAUUACCUGGGGCACAGGGACCACCAGGGCCAAGUGGGCCCAAGGGAGAACCAGGUAUCAUUGGGCUUCCUGGGGGACCAGGUGCAGCAGGAGGGCUAGGACAGAAAGGAGAGGUAGGCCUUCCAGGCCAGCCUGGCCUGAGGGGACCCUCAGGGAUUCCUGGGCUUCAGGGCCCAUCAGGUCCCAUAGGGCCUCAGGGUCUUCCAGGCCUAAAAGGAGAGCCAGGCCUCCAAGGUCCCCCAGGGGAAGGAAGGGUGGGUGAGCCAGGAUUAGCUGGACCUACAGGCCCCCCUGGCAUCCCUGGCAACCCAGGACUUAAUGGCCCCCCAGGGCCUCCAGGACCCCCUGGUCCGCCUGGGCCCCCAGGGGGGUUAGAUGAGAUGGGCAUUGCAGGUCUACAUUUGCCCAAUGGUGGGGUUGAGGGGGCAGUGCUAGGUAAUGGCAGAGGGGCCAAACCCCAGUCUGGUCUUGGGGAACUCUCAGUCGGAGUUGCCCCAGCUUUCACUGCUGUGCUCACCUCACCCUUCCCGGCUUCGGGGAUGCCAGUCAAGUUUGACCGGACGCUGUACAACGGCCACAGCGGUUACAACCCUGCCACAGGCAUCUUCACCUGCCCCAUUGGUGGUGUCUAUUACUUUGCUUACCAUGUGCAUGUCAAGGGCACCAGUGUGUGGGUAGCUCUCUAUAAGAACAAUGUCCCUGCCACCUACACUUACGAUGAGUACAAGAAAGGCUAUCUGGACCAGGCAUCAGGUGGAGCUGUGCUUGAGCUUCGCACCAAUGACCAGGUCUGGGUGCAGAUGCCCUCAGACCAAGCCAACGGCCUCUACUCUACCGAGUACAUCCACUCGUCCUUCUCCGGCUUCCUGCUCUGCCCCACAUAACAGGCCAGGGACCCAGGGCCACCAGC